AUGUUCUAUGUCCAGUGUCUGUUCGAGGAAGAACUGACCUCUCUCUCUCUCUCUUUCUCUCUCUUUCUCUCCCUCUUUCUCUCCCUCUUUCUCUCUCUCUUACUCCCACCUCCCCUCUAUGUAAAGCCAACUGAGGCACCAUGGUUGGUUGACCUACAUUGCAAUAAUCAUUUAUCUCGUAAUACCACGAAGCGACUAUCGUUCCAGACACCCCUGAACAGCUCAUCAAAAAAUGUAGCGACAAUGUACCAUCAAACACUUCUUUUCUUCUUUUCUUUUAACGGCCACCAAAUAUUUUACUAUUCACCUCUCUCUCACUCUCUCUUUCUCUCUUUCACUCUUUCUCACUCUCUCUUUCUCUCUUUCACUCUUUCUCACUCUCUCUUUCUCUCUCUCUCUCAUUCUCUCACUCACUCUCUCUUUCUCUCUUUCACUCUUUCUCACUCUCUCUUUCUCUCUCUCUCUCAUUCUCUCACUCACUCUCUCUUUCUCUCUUUCACUCUUUCUCACUCUCUCUUUCUCUCUCUCUCUCAUUCUCUCACUCACUCUCUCUUUCUCUCUCUCUUUCUUUCUCUCACUCUCUCUCUCACUCUCUCUUUCUCUGUCUCACUCUCUCUCACUCUCUCUUUCUCUCUUUCACUCUUUCUCACUCUCUCUUUCACUCUUUCUCACUCUCUCUUUCUCUCUCUCUCUCUUUCUCUCUUUCACUCUUUCUCACUCUCUCUUUCACUCUUUCUCACUCUCUCUUUCUCUCUCUCUCUCAUUCUCUCACUCACUCUCUCUUUCACUCUUUCUCACUCUCUCUUUCUCUCUCUCUCUCAUUCUCUCACUCACUCUCUCUUUCUCUCUCUCUUUCUCUCUCUCUUUCUCUCACUCUCUCUCUCACUCUCUCUUUCUCUGUCUCACUCUCUCUCUCACUCUCUCUUUCUCUAG